AUGCGAACAAUAGCGAGUAUUGCCCAAGAGCACUUUGGGGUCUCUACAUAUGAAGAGGCAUUUGAUUUUGUGCUUAAUGCUACGCAAGAGAGAGAACCUCCCCGAACUACACCGUUCCAUUUAUCAGUUCCAUAUGUUGCAGACAAUUGCCCGGAGCUACCUUCAGAGGAUGAGAUUCGGAAGGCCAAAACUGAAAACGUCCUUCACAAUAGAAUGAGCAUGAAUGAAGCUUUCCGAGUUCGGGACCAAGUUUAUAAGAUUGGCGCAGAACCAGACAUUAUCGAGGAAGCAGAGAAUCUCAUCUAUCUUGCAGAAAAUUCUCGCGUCCGAGUGCCCAAGGUGUACAGGGUGUACCCUGGGCGUCCAGGCGUUCCUUUCCCUGAGGCUACUCUGGUUAUGGAAUACAUACCAGGGUUCCAGCUCACGGUUAACGAUUGGAUGGGUUUUACUGAAGAAGAGCGUACAACACUCUGUGCCAGGGUACGCGAGCAGUUCCGCCUACUGCGGUCUAUUCCAUCUGAGGGAUACUAUGGCCGAGUUCAUCGCCAAGCCUUUGGCUGUAGCAUGGGCAUGUUUCGCACGAACUAUAAACAGUCUUGCGGCCCAUACAAAACUUACGAAGAAUUUACUUCAGCUGUAAUCCGUGCUGCUGAAGCAAAUGCUUUAGUUAGUCGUCUCCAAGAAGGCGGAUUUCUUUCUGAGGACCAAGACACUGUGGUAUCUGAGUACAAGCAAGCCUUGGAAAUAUCUACUGACCGGAAGCCUGUCUUUACUCAUGUGGAUCCUGCCCUAAAGAAUAUCAUCUUCCGCCGUAUUCCAACGACACAAGGCCAUCCUCCAGACUGGGAAGUAACUUUAAUUGAUUGGGCUGGUGCUGGGUGGUUCCCACCGUGGGUACAGGGCGCCUCGUUCAGACAACGUUUCGCCUUCACGGACGCCACUUUAAAGUUCUACGCUGAUAUUACUAAAGAAUUUGAGGACAAAGCCUAUGGUGAGAUGGAAUGCGGAGCAGAUCUGGUGCGCCUUUCCUCCAAGGCUUGGAAUCGUAUCUACUAA